UAGAACCAGCGGUUGACUUGUGGAGGAUCUCAGACCGCUUCUCUCCGACCAUCCGGGGCUGAAACAGCCGGCGUGCCUCCCUCACCCCCUCAGCGGAGAGUACACGGUGUUCUAUCCGCUCUCAGGGCCCCGCAGCCCGGGUAUGCCCCACCAUGUUUGACCUGAACGGAGGCUGGAACCUGUCCUUCGCCGGCUGCGGGUUUCUGGGGAUUUACCACAUCGGAGUCGCCAGCUGUCUGCUGGAGAAAGCGCCGUACCUCAUCCGAGGGGCCACGAAGCUGUACGGGGCUUCUGCCGGAGCUCUGACCGCCUCUGUGCUCGCCAGCCAGGCUUCGAUCAGUAAGAAACAGCCGCUGCACGUCCUGGAGCUCUGCUGUGAAAAACAUGCAGACAUGUGGACAUGAAGAAUACUUUAUUACUGUUGUUGUUAUUACCUACACAAAACGUCUUAACUUUAGUUAAAAUAUCAGUUGAUAAACACUUUUUUCAACUUUCACAAAACUUUUAGUGAAUUUCUGAGUUUAAGUCUGACUCAAAAAUUAACCCUCUGAGGCUCUUUUUGUCCUUUUUAGUGACUUUUUACCUUUCAUUUGUUGAUCAUUUUGGCUGUGUUCAUGCAAAUGGAUGGAUUGUGUUUAGUUUUUUUUUUCUUUUCCAAUAUUUAAAAUUAUUAUAUCAGGUCAAUAUUCACUGUGACAAAAACAUUUUUGUCCAUCUAAGGACUUAAACGUAAUUUCUUUAGAAUUUGGACGAUACAUCAAACAUAACAUUAAUGUUGUUGUUAAUUUUUGACACAUUAUAGACCUUUAUAAACAAAAAAACACAGAAAUUCCUGCCCAGCGUGUAAUAAAUGAAAGAUAAACUUCAAAUUAUUUUUCUUUUCUAUUGUAAAUAACAGCGACAUCUUAGAGUGAAACUGGCAUUUAAAGGGUUAAAAUUCUGACAAUGAAUGAAUAUUUGAUAGAUGUGAUCAGGACUGAAGUUGGAAAAAAGAUUUAAACAAAAAAAGUUGGAAAAAAAUAUUACUGUAUGAUAUUUUUAGAGCACUUUUAGGAGACAGACAUUUUGUCCACUUAAGGACCUAAACGUAACUUUUUUAAAGGACCUCAGAGGGUUAAAGUUUCAGAGAGAAUUCAAUAAUAAACUGAUUGUAGGCGGUUUUCAGGUUGGCUAACAUUUAUUUCUUUGACAUUUGAAGCAGAGAUAAAUACUCAUAUUUUAUACAUGUAUAAUAUCGUGUUAUCACUCUGUCUUAUCAUGUGGUUGUUUUAUUCUUUGGUGCUGAAUCAUGUCCCGUCGUACCGCGUUCACACACGACUGUGACUGUUGUUGAAAAUGUUAAAUCUGAACAAACACGUGUUUUUAACUUCUGUCUUUCACGGUUCGUUUACAGAAUUAAAGCCCACAGUUCGGUGUCGGAUAUUUCUCAAUCUAAGUUGUUGUCACUUCAGACCAAAAUAGACGUGUUUGUCUGAACCAUCCCUGACUCAUGAACGUAUUUUUCAGCCAGAAUUAGACUUCCAGUGUUCAAAGCAGCGUAAACAUGGUGUGGAUAACAUGCAUGAGAUUAGAUUAGCACGUCUAAUCAGUCACCUUGAGGCUGAAAGGGCACUGCUCAUAAAUUUAAGUCGAUAUACUGAGGCUGAUAAAAGUCCCUUUCAUAGGAGUUCAGCUGCAGCUUUAAGUCGUGUGGAAUCAGGAGAACAUGGACUCUGUGGGUCUCAACUGUCCGAGUAAGGGGGCUCAGAGUGGACUCGGCCCGCAGGAGAAGGGGUCACUGCUGGUCGUUGACUCCUGGUAGUUCAGUGAUUAUUGAUCCGGAUGCAGAUUGCGUGUACUUGUUUGCAGGGUAUUGAUCCGUUCGAGUUUCUGCUGAGCCUGAACUUCUCGUCUUUCUCUCUGAUUUUCAGUCAAAUGCUGUGAAGAUGUCAUCGAGGUUGCGAAAGAGGCCAGGAAGAGGAACCUGGGCCCCCUUCACCCAACCUUUAACCUGGUGAAGGUGAUUAAGACCGGCCUGGAUCGGGACCUCCCCUCAGACGCACACGUCCUGGCCUCGGGUCGGCUGUGUGUCUCUCUGACCAGAGUGUCGGACGGCGAGAACGUUCUGGUGUCCGAGUUCAACACCAAGGAGGAGCUCAUACAGGUGAGGGCUGCUCAACGACGUGGUAGACGCCCGCAGGGUGGGCCUUGAUUCAUGCGAUAGACGAGGGGGCUUCCUUCACGCCGUUUCAGUCGGAGGUCGACCACAUUUUAAGAGUCUGUUGUGUUUUUUCACGACCCACCGGGUAAACCGACCUCCUCCCUCAUUGCCCUCGUAAAUGCUGCCAUGAUAUUUACGUCGCCUGACAACGUUGACGUUAGACUUCGCUAACAAUCUCAUUCGCUGUAACAGUAGACUAAAUGGCGAACUUGUGAAGCCUAACCGCGUCGGCAGCCAUAUUGGAAACGCUGUCUCAACCUAACGCCCUUAGAUCCCGUCGACAGCAGCAUCCCUAACUUUUGAUGUUUUUCUCAGAGCUGAACUGAUUCGAACCUUUUGGUUGUUUUUGUUUUGAAGACGAAGAGACUUUUCUGGGAAUAAUCCCGUGACCCUGAAGAAACGUUGAAGUUAAUCCGCCCUAAAAAGAAGGUCCUAGAAACAGUGAAGCUAAUCCCCUGAAGUGGCAUUUUAACUUUCCCUCUUUAGCGAGUGUUUAAAUCAGAUUAGUUAGAGAUUGAAAUCGUUUUAGAGCCUCUGUGAAAAAUUCAGUUUGAGAUAAAAACCCUAAAAACCACGAAAACUGACGUGAAUCCGACCGAAAAGUGCUGCGAACUGUUCCUCCACGGGUUGGACUCAAACUUUGUGAACUUGGUUCUUAUGUUACAGGAUAAAACUUUGAUUUUUCAGGGGAGUUUUCAGCCGACAGCCCUAAUCUGUAACGAUUCGUUGAGAUCCAUGAAGUCAGGAUUUGACCGACUGUCGCCGCCGAGUCGUCCAACAUCUGCUUUGACUUGAAAAUGACCUCAUUUCACUCGUAUUUUCAGCUGAUCUGAAACACAGCCCUCAGACUCUAUAACAUCAUUUCAGUUAUAUCUCUCUCGCCUCGAGCGUGACACAUGAGGAAGACGCGAGGACACAUGACAUGGAUCACAUAGUGACCCUGUUUUCUGUCCACAGGCGCUGAUCUGCAGCUGCUUCAUCCCCGUCUACUGCGGCCUGAUUCCCCCGUCCUUCAGAGGAGUGGUGAGUGACUGUUUCUGGUUUCGGUCUUUAAAAAUGCGCAACUGCGAUAAAAACUUUGGAGAUGAUGUAACCAGAAGAGGGAAGUGAGGUUGAAGAAGCAGAAGGAAGCAGAAACUUCCUCCUGAGCGUGAAAAAGUUGAUUUCAGGGAAAUAAAGCUGCAGUCGUGUUUUAUCAGCUGGGUUCGGACUUUGGCAGCGAUCCCGUUCAGAGCUUUGGUUACUCUGUUGACGUGCAGCUCUCAUCGCCGUCACGGCCAAAUUAGUCCGAUUAGACUCCGAUAAAGUCAUAAAAACAUUAGGAAACACAAAGGUCGAGUGUUUGUAAUGACUCGACAUGUUACAUAAGGAGUCUGAAAAAGAUUGAAGACCAACCAAAGUAUCACCGCUGUGGUCUCUGAUCUGGUUUAGUUUGACUCCUGAUAAAUAACAGUGAACUCAAACCCAAGAGAGCUUCAUAAUCUCAGUCAAACUGUCUCCACCAGAUUACAAAUAUAAUCCCAGCAGGUAAAGAGAUUUCUGAUCAGUUUCCCUGGAGAGUCACUGCGGCUCGGUUUCCUGACGGACAGACGGACUGAUUCAGAGGAUGUUGAAAAAGUGGAUUGACUCUCUGACAUCAAAACCCACGUUAGUCCAAAAGGGACGGUCGCUGUCGGGUUUUCUCUCCAAACGAUUGGCUGUUUGAAUCUUUGACGGACUGUCCGGGACCUUGUGGAUGAGGACAAACCAAGCUGCCGCCCCCACACUCACAGGUCUCCGUCAGAGUUUGACCUCCUGGUCGUCUUUUAGGUACUUUCAGUCACAGGAGAAAGAAGACAAAGGUUGAUGUGUGUAAAGACAAAAACAGUCAAAACGGACAGAAUCAGGAUCGAAUUAAAGUCCAAAACUGAGUCAAAGGUUUGAGACUCUGUUGAGAAACAGGACUCUGCAGACAAACAGGCUCUUUGUGGACAUGCUGGUCCUCUUCACCCUAAAUAGACACUGUUGUCUCCGGUUUUGUCUCUUGUUUUGUCUCUUGUUUUGUCUCUUGUUUUGUCUCUGGUUUUGUCUCUUGUUUUGUCUCUGGUUUUGUCUCUUGUUGUGUCUCUUGUUUUGUCUCUUGUUUUGUCUCUUGUUUUGUCUCUUGUUGUGUCUCUGGUUUUGUCUCUUGUUGUGUCUCUUGUUUUGUCUCUUGUUGUGUCUCUGGUUUUGUCUCUUGUUGUGUCUCUUGUUUUGUCUCUGGUUUUGUCUCUUGUUGUGUCUCUUGUUUUGUCUCUUGUUGUGUCUCUUGUUUUGUCUCUUGUUGUGUCUCUGGUUUUGUCUCUUGUUUUGUCUCUGGUUUUGUCUCUUGUUUUGUCUCUUGUUGUGUCUCUGGUUUUGUCUCUUGUUGUGUCUCUGGUUUUGUCUCUUGUUGUGUCUCUUGUUGUGUCUCUUGUUUUGUCUCUGGUUUUGUCUCUUGUUGUGUCUCUGGUUUUGUCUCUUGUUGUGUCUCUUGUUUUGUCUCUGGUUUUGUCUCUUGUUUUGUCUCUUGUUGUGUCUCUGGUUUUGUCUCUUGUUGUGUCUCUUGUUGUGUCUCUUGUUGUGUCAUUGGUUUUGUCUCUUGUUGUGUCUCUUGUUGUGUCUCUUGUUGUGUCUCUGGUUUUGUCUCUUGUUGUGUCUCUUGUUUUGUCUCUUGUUGUGUCUCUUGUUGUGUCUCUGGUUUUGUCUCUUGUGUCUCUUGUUGUCUCUGGUUUUGUCUCUUUUUGUGUCUCUGGUUUUGUCUCUUGUUGUGUCUCUUGUUGUGUCUCUUGUUGUGUCAUUGGUUUUGUCUCUGGUUUUGUCUCUUGUUGUGUCUCUUGUUUUGUCUCUUGUUGUGUCUCUUGUUGUGUCUCUGGUUUUGUCUCUUGUGUCUCUUGUUGUCUCUGGUUUUGUCUCUUUUUGUGUCUCUGGUUUUGUCUCUUGUUGUGUCUCUUGUUGUGUCUCUGGUUUUGUAUCUGGUUUUGUCUCUUGUUGUGUCUCUGGUUUUGUCUCUUGUUGUGUCUCUUGUUUUGUCUCUUGUUUUGUCUCUUGUUGUGUCUCUUGUUGUGUCUCUGGUUUUGUCUCUUGUUGUGUCUCUUGUUUUGUCUCUUGUUGUGUCUCUGGUUUUGUCUCUUGUUGUGUCUCUUGUUUUGUCUCUUGUUUUGUCUCUUGUUGUGUCUCUUGUUGUGUCUCUGGUUUUGUCUCUUGUUGUGUCUCUUGUUGUGUCUCUUGUUGUGUCUCUUGGACGGUGAAGCACUAGGUUCAGUUCAGCUGUCUGUGAGACGUCCAUACAGCCGUCUGCAGGUCUGUGGACGCCGUACAUCAUGUCCUCUCCGCUCAGUUUACCGACUCACUCUCUUCAGGCGUGAGUCUGCAGUCUUUAGACACACGGCAGCGUGGAGGACAGCCGGAGCGGUGGGCGGAGCCAGGAAAAAACCUGGGGGUCUGUGGAGGGAUGGGAAAACCUUGUCCAGGUUUGCUCCUGCUGAGUCUGAUGAACCCUGUGAACCCCUGAUUGUCCCAGUCAGACACACACGUUUGCCCUCUGAGCUUCAUAUUUAACGGCCCUGACCUCCAUUUCCUCGCUGACCUACAUCCUGUCACGCCGAGGCUGCAUGUCUCACAGCUGGCAGCGUCUCUGCCGAGCAGAUCGGGAUUUUACAGCCGGCACUAAGAACAAGGUUAAUGCCUUCUCCACGGCGUUUAAAGCCCUCCGAUGAUAAAGCUCUUCUUUCAGUUUCUGAUUUUCCACAGAGGAGAGGGGAAAAAAUGAAAACAGGAUAAAGUCCCUCAGAAAGAAGUCACUCAGCAGAGAUCGAGUCGUUACGGUCGUGUGAAUGCAGUCAUUGUUUUGGGGGGUUUGAAAGUUGGAAGGUUUACAUGUCCUCUGCGGCGUUAGGUAAGAACUGGUUCAGAUUAUGUAAUCCAAAUUUAGGGACACAAAUAAGUCUUUGAUGAGAGUCUGGAUUUAUGAUGCAAAAGACCGAAACCGUGUCCAGUCUCCUCGAGUUUACGGUUUCAUCAUGAUCUCAGUCUGUGUUUCAUAAGGAUACGAUGAUCGAGAAUCUUCGAUGUCGUGACGUCUGCUGUGUUGUCGGUCCAUUUGUGUCCCCUGUCAGCCUGAGUUUUAUGGUUUUCCCUGUACAGGUAUAUUUAUGAGGGGCUCGCACAGUUCAGCUGUCAGUAUCUUCAAACUCCAUCAGUGGAUCGUUUCAGUCUUUUAAGCGUUGGAUGGAGUUAGCCUUCGUCAUCGAGGGUCUGUUAUUACUCAGGUUUUGAUUUGAUGACCAGAUGUUACCUGAAGGUGGAGAUUUAUCCGCCUUUAUUUAGCUUCUGGUGGGGUCUUAAAAAGUCUUUAAACAUCUAAAAUCGAAGAAUUUGAAUUCAAGGACUUAAAAUGUCUAAAAUUAUCUUGAAAUCUCAUAAAACGUCCUAAAUAUGAUUUUAAAAAGUCUUAAAAAUUAGGGUAUAGGUGGGGACUUAAAAAGUCUUGAAACAUCUGAAAUCUAGCAAUUUAAAUUCAAGGCCUUAAAAAAGCUAAAAUUAUCUUAAAAUCUCGUAAAAUGUCUUCAAAAUGGUUUUGAUAGGUCUUAAAAAUCAGGGUAUCAGCAGGGUCUUAAAAGGUCUUUUAACAUCUAAAAUCUAAGAAUUUGAAUAUAAGGCCUUAAAAUGUCUAAAAAAAAAUUAAGAAAUCUGAUGAAAUGUUUAAAAAAUGAUUUUAAAAGGUCUUUAAAAACCAGGGUAUCCAUAGGGUCUUAAGAAGUCAUUUAACAUCUAAAAUCUAAGAAUUUGAAUUCAAGGACUUAAAACGUCUAAAAUUCUCUUAAAAUCUCAUAAAACGUCUUAAAUAUGAUUUUAAAAAUUCUUAAAAAUCAGGGUAUCAGCAGGGUCUUAAAAAGCCUUAAACAUCUAAAAUCGAAGAAUUUGAAUUUAAGGCCUUAAAAUGACUAGAAAUUUUUUUUUUUAAAAUCUGAUGAAAUGUCUUAAAUAUGAUUUUAAAAGGUCUUAAAUAUCUGGGUAUCCCCUGGGUCUUAAAAGCCUUUAAAGAUCUAAAAUCCAAUUAUUUUAAUUUAAGGCCUUAAAAUGCCCCCCAAAAAUUUAAAAUCCGAUGAAGUGUCUUGAAUACGAUUUAAAAGAUCUUAAAAUGUAAUAACUAUUCAUUACAGUCUUUAAAAAGUCUUGAAUGUGACCUGUUGAAACCUGAAGAGACCCUGUUCUGGUCUAAAGUUGAUUUCCCGUGUGUCUCCAGCGUUACGUGGACGGCGGGAUCAGCGACAACCUGCCGCAGUCGGAGCUGAAGAACACCAUCACCAUCUCUCCUUUCUCCGGCGAGAGCGACAUCUGCCCGCGAGACAACUCCACCAGCUUCCACGAGCUGCGCUUCACCAACACCAGCAUCCAGAUGAACCUGGGCAACAUGUACCGCCUCAGCAGGGCGCUGUUCCCACCUGAGCCCAAGGUAGGUAACGCCUCAAACGCAGAGACCGGUCCAAAUGGCGCGAGAGGUUCAGGUGCUCAACAGUUCAGGGUCUCCUUGGUCCUGUUUUCGGGGUCAUGAUGGUCCAAAUGUUGUCAAGUCAGGACCGCAUCAGUCAGGACUCUUCUCCUACAGAGCCAUGCUGUUGUCACAAUGUGGUUUGGGAUCAUAUGAAGGUCUUUCCUGAAAAAGUCUUUGUCUGGAUGGACGUAGAUGUUGUUCUAAAUCUGGAGAUAUUGUUUAAAACUGAGGAUGCAGCAUCUAUGAUUUUCAGUUCUUUGUUGACAGGACAACUGGACUUACUUGAGAUGUUUCGCGUUAGUCACCUGCUGUUAGCCUGUUAGCUACACUGUUAGCCGUGCCAGUAACUGUAGAAUAAACAACAGUACACAUUAGUGAUGGAGCGACUUCUCUUACUGAGGCAGCUGCAUGUCUCCAGAUGAGACCAGAACGGAGAUGAAGAACGGGAGUAAAGAGGUGGAGGUACCGAUUUGCCGAGCUUUUUUUUUUUAUUAAAAAAAUUGUAAAAAUCGUCCAAUUAAUCGGUAAUCAGAUUUUUUUCCCCUCUAAUGUUCGGUAUCGGCAUCAGCCCAAAAAAUCCAUAUCGGUCGGGCUCUACUCUUGUGAUCAGCUGCAGAGUUCGGCGAUCUGCAGCAGAACGUAAAGAAGUCGGUGUAAAUUGACACGUUAACUUGAAUGGUUACGAUCAGCUACGAUCGGAGGAUACGACCUUUUAGGAGACGAUCAGGAUGAAGGUGGAGAUUGGGGUUUAGAAGUCCUCAGUUUUUUUGAUCGUGUACGUUGUUCAGGUGUGGAUGCAGCGCGUCUUUAACUCACUCAUAUCUCCAGUUUUAGGAAUCCCAGCAGCCUUUGCUGGUGUUGGGUUCAGAUUUUACACACAGUAACUAUUCAUGGUUUGUUAGCCGCUCCGGGAGCUUGUGGUUUUGCCCUGAAAAGAGGCUUCAUGAACUUUUACAGCGUUGUAAUUAGAUAAACUCAUCUAAAUUAUGACGGCGGUGAGAACCCGGACUCCCAGAGGAGGUUUGUGGAUUUAGAAAAAACCUGGACAGAGGCUGACGUGGGUGAAAAGUCAGAGUGAGGAGAGCGAGAGAGGACUGUGGCGAGUGUUAGUUAAGCUCUGAAAUGAGGCGAGCUUUGGCCUCGCUCAGGGGGCGUGUGUUUGUUGUUGUUUCACAUGUUGACUCCUCCUCUUCCUCCUCACGUGUGUGUGCGCCUGUAAUGCCGUCUGGAUCCCACAGUUAUGUAAUGGGGGGGCGGGGGGGGUAGGUUUGUUCUCCCAGCAUUCCUGAAGAGAGAGAGGAAUAACAGGUCUGAGCGUAGACUCAGAGGCCGGUUCAAGAAUCCAGCUGUCACAGAAAACAGAGAGCGCUGUUUGUCUCAUGUAAGAAACCGCAGGGACAGAGACAUGAUGGACAGGCGCUCUGCUCAGAAAACACACAUACACACACACACACACACACACACACACACACACACUCCUGACAUUAAAAUCAGCCGUCAUCGGGUUAAACAGGUUCAAGUUCAGUUUCUUUCUUCAUCUGAUCUUUAAAAACUCGCAGCAUUACCGCUCCAGAGCAAAAACACUGACAUCUAGUGGUUGUUAAGAGUCAUAGCAGUAGUAUGAUGGUCAGAGGCGUUACUUAAAGACUCAUUUCUGUCGUAGUUUUUGAGGAUUUUAAUCUGUUCAUUCUUCAUCGAUGUGUUAAAAAACGUACAAACACUUGUCUCUGUUUUCUACCGUCUUUCUACCGACAGACUUUUAAAGCCACAUCGACCAAAAAACAAAACAAACUAAAAACUCAAGAAUUUUUAUUUUAAAGUUUUAUUCAUGAAUGAAGUCUUGGUAACGUCUUUAUAUACUGUAAUAAAGUCUUUAAGAUGUUUAUGGGAAUAAAGUUGUAAGAAAAACAAAUUAACAAAAAUCACUGGAGACAUAAACUUGAAGUUAAAUCAAAUGUUUUAUCCUGAUUGUUUUAUUUGAUCUAUUUUUUUCCUUUGAUUAUUCUGACGUUUUAUUUCCUUUCAGUUGUUGUUGGUUUUUAAUCGUUUUAACUUGUUUUAGAUUGAUGUGUGGUUUUAAUCUCUUUUAUUUUUAUCCAGUUUUAUUAAAAAUUUUAAGUCUGACUUUUUUUAAUCUGUUUUGAUUAGUGCUCUAUAAAUGAAGUUUAUUUUCAUCAUUAUUCUUAUUAUUAUAAUAUCUAUACUAAUAUUGUCGUCAUUAUCACUGUCUUGUCUGAUGAGAUGAACUCUGUGUGUUUCCGCAGGUUUUGGCUGAGAUGUGUCAGAGCGGUUAUAAAGACGCUCUUCGCUUCCUCCAAGAAAACAGUGAGUUUUCUGAUCAUUAUUGUUAUAACCUGAGACUCAGGUAAACGUUGUACAUGUAGGUGACGUUAGUGCUGCACGUUAAAGGGGACCUGCCACCAAAAUUUCAUCCCCAUUUUGAUCAUUUUUUCAUAAGCCUUGAUGUCCUCUGAUCAUGUUUGCAACAUAAUUUUAGCUGAAAAGUUAUUUGAUGGUUUGUUUUAGUAUGCCUAAAAAACCUUACAGGAAAACCAACUGGUUUUGGCUCAUUAACAUUUAUGGUAAUGAGCUUUGCUCUGAUUGGAUCGCUGCUGUGAAGCCUGCUGUGCUCUGAUUGGCUCAGCAGUGGAGGUUCGGAUUUCGGUUUAUCCAUUGUUAUUAUGCUAAUGCUAAUAGCAUAUGCUAAUGUGUGCUAAAGUAAGGUGCCCAGAUGUCUGUAAUGAUAUCCGGGGAUAUUCGGUGCGGCGGCGGCGGCGGUGCAGGGGCUGCAGGGGCUGUGUGAUCACAGACAAAAUCUCUGUACUAUUUAGUAGCAGCGCAUGCCCCUUGUAAUACCCCCGUAAGAACUGUUGUUCAGGACUGCUAACUUGUGCUUCCUACCUAUUCGGCUACUGUAAUAACCGUUGUUCGAGCCCACACGCAACAUUUUUGCUCUCAUUCAUGAAACGCUUAAAUCGGGGACAUUUUCGGGGACAGUUUUUGCCGGGGACAGGUCAUCCAAUACGGGGACUGUCCCCGGAAAUCGGCGACGUCUGGUCACCUUAUGCUAAAGGCUAAAAACGGCAGGUAUUAAACCAUAUAUUUUAGACCCCGAGUCCGAAGAGGAGGUGGAAGUUGAGGAAGAAGCCGGAGAUCUCCAGCGGUGUUUUCUCAUUCAUUCUGCCCGGCUUUAAGUUCAUUUUCCCGGCAGUGAACCGAAGGAAACACCGGUCGUUUGGAAGAGACCCAUAGCGGAUACAGCGGUAGCUGGGUCUCGCUCUGGCUGUGACUGAGGACGAGAACGAGAGAGUGGGCGCGGCUCACCGAGGACGCGCUCGUGAAUUAUAAUGAGCAACGUCAACGCAACGUAACAUAGACCUGCUUUUUCAAUUGGCCUGGUUUACCUGUUCCUUUAUUUUAAACCUUUACAGAAUGAAAACGACAUAACGGUUUGUUUUCACAUUUACAACAUAAGACGAACAUAAUAUGGACCUUAUCUGACACAAAAAACACAGAAAAUUACAUUUUUAUGGCAGGUCCCCUUUAAAGCGCUCCGGGUGAACAGAACAAAAUAACAGAUUUAUGGUUCAUCCGUUUUCCUCAAAAUCGUGAAACUUCGGUUCCGGCCGUGCGCACAUGAGGCCAAAGGUCAAAGGUCAUCUCAUGAGUCCAGGUGAAUGUCUGCUCCGUCACUAACGCCGUGUUUUUAUGGCCUCAGACCUGAUAAUGCAGGAGCAGCCGACCUCGGGCCCCACCCUGCAGGAGACCCCGCCCACCUGCUGCUGUAAGCAAACGGAGACCACCAGAGAGUGGGUGCUGCGGAGGCUCCGCCUACUCAGGAAACAGCACUGGUGGUUGGAUGAGCAGAUCAAUCUGCCGACGCCCAUUAAGAAAGGUACAGAGAGGUGUCGUUGAUAAAGGUGCGUUCAAGUUCAUCUGUUCAGCCGUGUCUCACAUGUGGGGACUGUUUCUGUCCGUCUGUCCGUCAGUGUUCUGCGAGGCGUGUCAGGAUAAAUCCGGCCUGUACACCAAAGUCUCUGAGAUGCUGCCCAUGAGGGUGGCGUCCUACAUGCUGAUGCCGUACACACUUCCUGUACAGUCGGCCUACUCGGUGGCCCAGAGGUGAGCAGAGACCCCAUGAAAGAGGUUCACAUGUGUUUCGGGUUUGAAACGGGGAUUCAUUCAGAGGUCUCUUAAACUUGUUGUUUUUGUAACGGCCAGCAGAGGGUGCUGAAAGGACUGCAUCUCCUCCUCCUCCUCUUCCUCCUCCUCUUGGCUGAUUUAUUCCCUCCUCUGUCUCAGGUUUGUGGAGUGGAUCCCUGAGGUACCGGCUGAUGUCAGGUGGAUGUUUGGGGUGGCGGGGAACGUGUACCGACAGGCCUGGAAGGGAACUCCGGCCACCUCCAUCAGGUGAGAUUCCCACACUGUCCCUCACCGUUUGACCACAUUUCGACCUUUUCCCGUGGGCGAGUUCAAAGUCCUGUCUGUGUUUUCUCCACAGUGAGCCGUGUCUGAGGAAGUGUUUGAGCGGUCCACCUCAGCCCACAGAGUGUGAUAAACCCUCGCACAGAGACAACCCGCCCGCUCUCUCCUCUCUGGACCUCCACGGGAGCUAUUGGGAGAUCCCAAACUCUACCUCCUCCUCUUCCUCCCCCCAUCCUCCUCACAUUGCCCCCUCCUCCCCCACACAGGUCUGUUUCUUCGUGGGCUUGCAGGAUGAAGCUCAGAGCCAAACACAGCAGUAAAACGAUCCGGGGACAGCACUUUAUCGAGGUCGAACCUCCACCUCUGUGGACGGAUGUGAGGCGGAGGUUUGAACACUCCUGAUGACACUCAGUGUGAAACAUUUGAAGAGUGACCUCCAACUCAGGAUCGUGGAUGUGUUUUAGGACCUGUUUGUAAUGCACAGCACAGAAAGGUGCCGUUUUACCGCCUUAAUACAACCUUACCUACCUGUUUGUUUUAUUCCCUUUUUUCUGAAGCAGUUUUCUCUUUUAAUCUUUCUUUUUUCUGUUUGUUCGUUAUUACUUUGAGGUCAUUCUUGAAAGGCCAUAUCGGCGCUGAAACAUAUCCUGUUCAAUCAAAAUCAGGGUUUAAGCUUCUUCUGCCACACACAGUAUGUUUUGUAAUACUGUCAUACAAACACAAGAGGGCGCUAACGUUAUUUGAUUGUUCACCUUUCACCCAAGUGUCCUUGAAACUGAAAAUAUGUUCUUCACUUUAAACCUGCUCCUUGGACUCAGUAGCUGCGUUUCCAUUACACAUAGAUUUGCGUUAAACCUAAAUAUCGCAAUAGAAAACUUGUGAUGGAAACACCUAAAUCUCGAAAAACUUCUCAAAUAUCGCUAAAAAGUUUUUACGCUCUCAUGAGGAGGUUUUUCAGACGUAUCGAUAUGGAAGUACAUCGCAAAAGUGUAAUAGAAACACUAUUCUCGCGGUUCUCUGUCACCGGACGUGACGUAGCGGGUCAUGUGACCAGUUCAUUUCAAGCAAAGAUGGCGCGGUAUGUAUGGGCGGGGGAGGAAACGGAGUUAUUUCUGAAGUUUUGAAUCCACAGUUCGUCUGUGAAUUCCUCAUUAACGGUCCGCUCCCAGACAUACGGGCUUUGCCUUUGAAUUAUCACCCGCUGCCUUCGUCUUCUGAUGACAGCGGCGGCAACAGCAGUAACGGUCACAGAAAUAGCUGCUCCAAAACGCAAAAUGUUUUGUAUCUCCUCCAAGAAGAAGAAAUUUGAUAAACAUCGCUUUUAUUUUGCGAAAAAAUGUAAUGGAAACGCAGCUACAGAUGGUGUUUUGUGGCUCCUUUAAUUGACCAAAGCAGAACUGACUGCUGAUCAUGUGAGUGCCACCAGUGUUGUUGUAACGUCAGUGUUGUCAGCGUCUAUGGUUCCACCUUCUACCUGUAAAUCUUUGUCAUAUCACCUCUCACUUGAAUGUAAACUUAUGUGAAUGCACUGACUGUCUUUUAAGAUUAAACUCUUUUUAACUGCUUUGUUGGUCCAAUCAUCAAAUACCCAGUACUGAGAAAAUAUAGGAGUUUUUAGCCAGCUGUGAAUCAGGCUGAAAAUGAUACUGAUGUCGUUUCAUGACCAAAACACAAACCAGACCAUAAAUGUGAGGAGUGACUGUUUGGUUUUUAAGUUUCAGAUCUAAAGAGAAACUUGUGUCUGGAGACCCCAAGACCAAGGAACCAGGACUACAGGUCACAGACUGCGCUUCCUCUAGACCUUUGGCCCAAAGCUGGAGCUUGUCAACAGGCAAGGCAGGCAGUUGCUUGGGGCCCCAGGCCACUAGGGGGCUCCCAAGGGCUGAUGAACCUUACCCCACAAAAACGUCCUAAAAUAUUGUAACCCCUCCAGAGAUGAAUGUCGUCGACCGCUUGCUUCUCUAGUUAUACCAACUUUAGUAACGACCGCAGGAUAGAAAUACAGAGAGCCACGCCCUCAACCAAAACGCCACUCUAUAGCCACAAAUAAUGCUCAGAACAGCACCUAACUUCAUCAACAGGACAUAUAGGGUCACAGACAUAGUACUAGACACCAAACAUCUUUUUAACUUUGACUCAUUUCUUUAACAAAGAGACUAAACACAACUCACCUACUCUCUUCCAGCAGCCGAUUGUUUGUAGAGAGACCUCAGGCC